UGGUCGGCGGCGGCGGCGCGGCGGCGGGGGGGAGGAGGGGGCCGCCCCGCGCUUGUUGUUGUCCGCGGGACUCGCUGGCAGGGAGGGAGGGAAGGAAGGAGUCGCUCACCGACCCUCAACGCCAACGCCGCCGCCCCCACCCUCGCCCGCGUCGCCCCUCAACGCCAACGCCGCCGCCCCCGCCCCGGGCGCGCGCGCGCGCUCCCGUCGGCACGCAGUUGCAAUUUCUGAGCAGUUUUGUCCAGAAGACUGUGCUCAGGUUAUGACGACUAAUCCCAAACCGAACAAGGCAUUAAAGGUAAAGGAGGAGUCAGGAGAGAAUGCCCCAGUGCUGAGUGAUGAUGAACUCGUGUCAAUGUCUGUGCGGGAGCUGAACCAGCACCUGAGGGGGCUCACCAAAGAGGAGGUCAUCCGUCUGAAGCAGCGAAGGCGCACGCUGAAGAACCGAGGCUACGCUGCCAGCUGCCGCAUCAAGCGCGUGACUCAGAAAGAGGAGCUGGAGAGGCAGCGGGUUGAGCUGCAGCAAGAGGUGGAGAAGCUGGCCAGAGAAAACAGCAGCAUGAAGCUAGAGCUGGACGCCUUGCGCUCCAAGUACGAAGCACUCCAGACCUUCGCUCGUACUGUGGCGCGAGGGCCUAUUACCCCAACCAAAGUUGCCACCACCAGUGUCAUCACCAUCGUGAAAUCGGCCGAAAUCUCAUCCAGUUCUGUGCCGUUUUCAGCAGCGUCCUAGUGCCCUCAGUGGGGGGAACUAGCAGCCUUUCAGAGGGGAGUGGAAAAGGCUCUUACGCAUUGUUCCGGAGUCCUUGGUCACGUCAAGAAUUGGCAUUCUAACAAUUCUCUUCCAAAAGUGCAAAAAAUAGGAGAAAAAAAAACAAAAAAGAGAAGAAAAACCAAACCCAAAACCUACAAAGGGAACUUAACUGGCUGCUUCUGUCUGGACUCUCUGGCUCCAUCAAGCUCUCGUGUCCAGGAUUUGAGCUCUGUAUGCAGUACCAAUUGCAAGAUCUGCUUCCUUCUUCACCCUGCUUCCCCAAGCUCCUCUCAGCCAUGGGCAACUUUCCACCUGGGAGAAGAUAACCCGAGGAGCCUCCGGAAUCUUUGUGAAUGAUGCUCAAGAGCCAGGAAACAGAUGGACCGUAGAAAUCAUCAUGUGAGAUGAAUGUAUGGAAAAAAAAAGUUUCCUUUAGUGGCAUCCUACUCCCUGUAAGAAGGGUCUCCCCUACCUUCCCCGCUUCCGUCUGAUGUUCUGAGGGCAGGGGCUAGGUUAGAUGUCAUCCUGCUAUGAAUGGAUGGGAGCGGGAGGACGAUGGAGACUAAUGCUUGGGUCUGACCACACUCAUUAGGAAUAACUUUUUUGUUUUCAAUCCAUGCUGUUAAAAUAUGGAAAAAAUAUACAUAUUUUACAUAUUUUAAUAUGCCCCAUUACCUGUGUGGCCUGUAAAAACUACAUUGCAGCCUCCUUUAUUCUAAGCCCAAGUUUCCUGAUAGCUCCUUCCCUAAGUAAGGUGUGCCUGUGAAUUGGGUAUAUUUAUGCAGUUUAUUUCUUCCAAAUGAUCUGCAGUCUUGAAAUACCAGCUUGUUUGGUUGGUUGGUGUUUUUUUUCUCCUGGAUUCCCUGAAGCUUAUUAAGGGAAGGAGGCUCGGUAAAUGCUGUGAAGAGCUGCGUGUGAUGGGGAGGAGAAGGGGAGGCGAGGAGGAAACAUGCUGCAAGUGCUACCAGGUGGAGGCAGAACUGGCUGUGAGAGGGUGGAACAGUUCUGCUGGCAUCAGCACUAUGAGAAAGGGUUUAUGCAGAGUAUCUUGGAAAGAUGUUUUAAAGCACUGAGGUGUAACUAGAGGGCAAUAGCAUUCAGAGGGGAGGAGAGAAAGAGAGCCUCCUCUUGAUGAAAGUGUUGGUAGGUUAGUGAUGAGCAUCCCAGCUGGAGAGCUGGGCUCACCAGUCUUUGGUGGUCAGAGAAGGGCUAUGGGGAGGUCUGAAAGAGUCUUUUUCGUCUCCAUAGAAUGACAGGUGCUAAAGUUGGGAUCCAAAGAGUAGAGUGAACAGACAACCUGUGUGAAUGUGACCCUGAAACUUGACACUUUCUCUUGGGAAUGGGUGAAUUCUCCUGAGAGACACAUGGAGGGCAGGAUGGAAAAUCUGUGUGUGUGUGUAGGGGACAGAAGAAUUGGGGUUGAGAAGUCGUUCAUAAGGCUCUGAGCAAUGGUUUGGGAGAAGGAUUUCUGGCUUGGCAGUGGGCAGGAGGUGGGAAGCUGAAAGGAGAGAUUCUGCUGUUGCGCAGCAGCACUGAAAAGAUUAAUGUUUCCAGGUCACUGUAAAACAAAAACAAACAAAAAAAAAGAAGCUAUGUUGGUGUUUGUGUGUUUUGUUGUUGGGGUUUUUUGGUUGAUUUUCUUUUUUGUUUGUUUCUUUUUUUCUUUUGAAGUAGGAAAGAAAAGGGACUGUGAGUUUUGCAGGGCAGGUCAGAGACUUGUGGAAUGGACGAUGCCUGUUGUUACGCAGGUGGGAAGAGAAUGAGAUUGCUGAAAUUUUAGGUGAGGAAAAGGUCUCAGAGGAUUUAGGCUCCAGAACAGAAAAUAAAGAUCACAGGAGAAUCCAUGAGUGUUUUGGGCUGAAAGAGAAUAAUCAAGUGCCACCGUCGUUGUGAAGGGGACAGUGAAUUGGCAUCUGACACCCAGAAUAAUCUGUAGUUUGAGGCUUUGUCUUGCCUUGAAUGGCAGGAAGUCUGUAGAAAUUUAUUGAAGCCCUACUUGUCUUUGGAAGACGUUGUUAGCUUGCUUUUUCUUUUUUUUCCCCUUUUUUUUUUCACCUUGUCAUUGGAGUCUCGGGAUUUCCCAGGAGGGUCCUUUGUGAAAUAGGUUAAUGAAAAGAGAAUCCUCAGACUUGGUUCUCAUUCAGUCCUCAACAUUGACAUCCGUGACCUUACUGAGCCAGAAAGGGUGUGAGUGAAAUGCUUCCUGAGGCUUGUUACUCCUUCCAGAUCCAUGUGUUCUGGAAGGGAGCAGGGAGUUUCCUUUGAGUGGUUUUCCGACACAAAGAGUUUGGAUGACACUUAGCGUUACCUCACUUCUCCUCCACUCCCUCCCUAUCUCCAAACAGGCAGAUCGAUGUCCUGUGUAUCAGUACCAGUUAUUGACUCCCACAGCAGAAGCUGAGGAAGAGAAAGAUGUUACUGUCAUUUCCUGGUCCUCUCAUGUUCUCCAGCUCACAGACAUUGGAAACUUUCCCAGACCUUACAGGUGCCUCCGAAAACAGACAAAAUGGAGACUCCUGGCACUGUUGGGGCUUGAAAUUAAAACCUUAAUGAAAAAGGCCAGUUGACUUGAAAAUGCUCAAAUGCUUCCAGUCUUUAUAACAGCUCCAGAGCUCCAUAACAUUCCUGGCUAGAUAGGAACACCCUCUGGCUGCCCUUACCCCCCUGCCAGGGAAAUCAGACCAGUUAUACCGGG